UCCUUCCUUUACAUUAUGGCCUGCAUUUUGGAUUGUCGGGUAUCGUUUUAAUGUCCCUGCUGAGGACUAGAACAUAUACUAUUCGUACCACAUAUUUGGUGCUCCCUCAUUUUAUAGAUUUGGAAAGAAAAUACGAGCUGCUAACAUACUCGGUUCCACAAGACAUUACAGCUCAGUGGUGGUCGCGAGGGUGAGGCAGUAUCAGUAGGGAGAGGCCGUGAGGACGAAAUUAGGGAAGGGAGUGGGAGGUCUUCCACCUUCUCAUCCUAAACAGCAAGCAGUGUACUGUCGACAGCAUUGGACUAAAACUCCAGCCCAAGGUUCCUAAACGCUAUCUGGCUGUUCAGUGCAGCCCGCUCGGGAUAAGGCCAGGGACCCGCCGUGGCAGACGUUGGCAUUGCGCUUUUGCGGCACCGGUAUGGUUUAUGAUGUGGAACAGUAUGUGAGCAAGCCACAUUCACAUGCUCUCCAUAAAUGGGGACAAUAGGAAAUCAUUAUCGUAUUGUGCAUCUUAACUAGUUAGCCACCAAGCCAUCUAAUGCGCCGUUUUGGGGCAGAUUAAAGCAACUACUGCCCUUAUUCGUGUCAAGGUAUAUUUACUGUCUGUGUAGGAUUUGGCAUAAGGCUCCUUAUCGUGAGCGAGCAUGGAGGGGCGUUGUGGAUUUAGCCAACUUUGCUAGCUAGCUUACUCAGUCCAAUACUUCUGUAUUUAACCAGAUUUGUGUUUGUUUUAACUUCUUGUAUGUUUUCCAAGUGUUAAGCAUACGUGUUAACAUUUUAACUGAGGUUCACUUGUUAGUUUGCAGAGGAGUGCUUUCAAGGUUUUCUUGAUUUAAUGUUGUCAAAGGAAAAACAAUCCAGCUAGCCAGCUAAGUAGCCCAGGUCAAGCUCGUGCACCCUAAUGAAGGAGUACAAAGUGGUUGUGUUGGGAAGCGGAGGCGUUGGCAAGUCCGCGCUGACUGUCCAGUUUGUCACCGGCACGUUCAUCGAAAAAUAUGACCCUACAAUUGAGGACUUCUAUCGGAAAGAGAUUGAAGUGGACUCGUCGCCUUCGGUGUUGGAGAUCCUUGACACGGCAGGGACAGAACAGUUCGCCUCCAUGAGAGACCUGUACAUCAAGAACGGCCAGGGUUUCAUACUUGUCUACAGUCUCGUCAAUCAACAGUCUUUUCAGGACAUCAGGCCGAUGCGAGACCAGAUCGUGCGGGUCAAGCGCUUUGAGAAGGUGCCACUGAUUCUGGUGGGCAACAAGGUGGACCUGGAGUCUGAGAGGGAGGUGGCAAGUGCAGACGGUCGGGCCCUGGCUCAGGAGUGGGGCUGCCCCUUCAUUGAGACCUCAGCCAAGAGCAAGACCAUGGUGGACGAGCUGUUUGCUGAGAUCGUCCGUCAGAUGAACUAUGCCACACUGCCAGAGAAACAGGAGCAGUGCUGCACGGCCUGUGUGGUGCAGUAAAGGAGUAGGGGGACACUGUCCUCUCCACAACUCUCUCCCAGUUCCUGCUUUGAUGACCUAUGACCCCAGGAACCACUUCAGCUCCAUCACACCUUCUGACCUCUCCAGCUGGCAGUAUUACCUACCAGAGGGCAGAUUCUUGUCUGUUCAUGAGCCAAUUCAAUGGAGUCUUGAGCCGGCCCAACCUUUGUUAUCUUGACUGUGGAACACAUUCACCUGCAGACUCAUUGGCCUUCAUGGUUUAGGCCCAGGGAAAACCUACUUUUCAAUGUAUAGGACAGAUUUAUGAGGAUGAAUGGUUGUCUAUGGAUUUCUAUUUUCUCAUUUGGGGUUGGGGAGUGCUGGGGCAAUGAGCAGUGAUCUGCUCAGGACCACAGCGUCCCUUUUUGAAGCUGCUCAGUCAUUAUAUCCCCUAGUUUUACUUUGUACUGGAAUUGGUUUGUUAAAUCUGAUAUCUCAUUUUGAAGUGAUAACAGCCAUUAUACAGGUUUGGGCCUCGGGACAGAAUUCAAUCAAACCGUGGUAAAUAUAUGAUUGCUGUGCUCUACAGCAGUGUUUACCAAAUCACCUAAUUUUCAAGUUGUUAGCUAGGUUUCUGACCAAUUGGCGACAGAUUUUCAUAAACGGACUUGUUGCAGGUAGAAAUCACUGCGUGAUGACGUAGUACACACAAUGUACUUUUUUGCAACCGUUUUCAUGUAUGGAAUAAAAAUCAAAAGUUCAACGUGUUAGUUUUGUCAACUGUUGUGUUAAAUAGCAAAUGUGCCAACUCUGGUCUUGGCACGUGCACUCUAACUAACAGACCUCAGAGACCGUGCAGGUAGGCUAGUUUACAUGACAUUAUUAUGGAUAACAAAACAAAUGUUUGCAUCGAUCAUCAUGUUACCAGAAUCAGACCCUUGAUUUUUAUUGGAAAGGAACAUCAAGAUCACCUUGCACUUUCACCACCCUGUGACAUUCAUCAAUUAUUUAAUAUGUAUGCUAAUAAACUGCAUGGUUUCCUGAGUGGUAGUGGGAGGACCACAUCAUCACGUGACUCCAAGUUGACUUCGAUAUGAUGGUUAUUAUAUCAAUAUUUGUGCAUAAAGUGGUUUCCACCGCUAUUUCUCACAAUACAUUUUACCGACCCCAAAAGAGUCGAACGAAUGACUUGUCUGUCUGCAUUUAUAAAAAUUGUACUGACGCUUCAUAGAAACGGCCCAAUUUAUAUAUAUUUUUUUUGACAGGCGUGGUCAAGCCAGGUCAAUGUGCCCCUAAGCAUGAGACAUUCACAUUGAAUUGACUGUAGAUCCAUGUUUGUUUUCUGAUUACAGCUGUGUGGUUGCUUUAGAUACAGUUUCCUCGGUCAUUUGGAUUAUGACUAUCAUGUUACAUGGUUUGCUCAAAUUCUGGCCCUAAACUAACUUUUAUAUAUAUAUAUUUUUUUUAAGUUUCUCAUAACCUAUUUAUUAAUAUCUAAUUACAUUGUUAUCCAAUCAUCAAAAGUUUUCUUUUAUACUUGCUUUUGGGUUUGCUUUUUUUGACUUUACAGUGAGUUUUUUUGGUUGUAAGUUUUGAAUUAACAGAGCCUUAAAUGAUUUCAGUCUUA